CACUGGCUCUCCCUGCAGUCACUCACAGCAGCCGGGGUUCCCUCACAUUGGCUCCCGGUGAAAGGGGAAGACAACGAAUUAGUGCCUCCCCCAUGCUUUUUAGAAUCCUCUGCAUCUGACACAGACACACCUGCAGAGAAACAAGAGGAAAGAGUCAGAAUGUUUGCUUACGGAAGAAGUAAUUUCACCUGGAAUGGAACUCUGAGAGAGCUGCAGGGCAGCUGGACAGAACGACGUGGCCCAGCUAUGACAGCGUCGGCGAGCUGCUCCAGCGGUUUAGAGGUCCUCCUCUCGACCCUGCAGAAUGGAGGGGAUGUGGAGAGCACCUUAAAUAUCCUCAAUGUCCUGGAUGAACUUCUGUCUGCUGGUACAGAUCGUCGUAUCCACUACAUGAUCAGUAAAGGUGGCAGCGAGGCUUUGCUCAUCGCACUGGUCAAAGCCGGCCGCAGCUUCAGUCCCAACUACACCAUCCUGCUGCCACUGCUGCACCUGCUGGCUAAAGUGGGACACAGAGACCGGCGUAUAGGUGUGAAGGCAGAGGAGGCUGGAGCUGUGCUGCUCACUCUCAAUCUGCUCCGACAGAACGCCCAGCACGGCAGCAGGGCCGCAGCCUGUCUCUGGGCCAUCCAAGUCUUCUGUUCAUCAGUUUCUACAGCCAACCUUAUUGGAGCAAACCAUGGACUGGAUGUCAUCUACUGCCUCAUCCCUCAGUGUAGCCCCAAACAUCUGCCCACCAUCAAGGCAGCCAUUGAUGCCUUUGCUGCUCUGCUUUGCACAAAGGCUAAUGUUAGCUCCGUGGUGUCCAAGGGCUACGUCUCCGGCCUCUUGCGGCUUUAUGAGGACUGGCACAGCAAAGGAAGUGAACACGUAGCAAUCCGCCACGCACUGCUGCGCUGCCUCCAUAAGGUCACUCACAGUACUGCAGGCAGGCAGGCCGUCCUGUGCCAGGGAGGCAUCAGACUGCUGUAUGAAACCUCACAGACGUGUUUGCUGAGUAGAGGUCUGGAGUCUCUGGUGGAGCUCUCUGUGCAGCUGAUGAGGAAGUGUCUUCCUAAAACUCCUCUUCCUCUGACAUCAGAUCAGUCUGCGUACACCUUCCCCCUGCCUGGAGGACCACAUGCUGUCCCUGAGAUGGACGCAGAGCCAGAUGAGAGCAGUGACGAGAGUGACGAUGAUGAAGAUAAGCCAGAGGCAGACUAUGAUGACGAUUUGGAGACAGACCUGAACAAGCUUCGUCUUCGUCCUGAAUUGGACAGACCCAAAGAGCUGCUGCCCCAGUACAGCCGCCUCUGUCCUGAACUCUCACAUGACUUCCAGGAGCUGGAUUUGAGCUCCGAGCCAGACGAGAGUUCAACAGCAUCAUCGUCGUCGUCUUCUUCAGAUGAGGAAGCUGCGCGGCUCAACAGUUUCCCUUUCCGCUGCUCCAGGCGGGACAGAAGGAGGAGCACUGCGCGCAGUGACUCCGAGACAGAAGCAAAGGGACACACUGCAGCUGUUGGCCAGUUAGAGGCCCGUGACUUCCACAGUCACAGCAGCAUCCUCAGCACCAGCCCCCGCUUCAGGACCAUGGUUAGAGAGGCCAGGCUAAAAGCCCCCCCAGGUCUGAGAGGAGAUGAGCAGGAUGAUGAGGAGGUGGAUGCAGAAGAAUCCCAGCAUCGUACCAUGAUAGACAGGUUAUUGGAGAGACAUGGAGCCUGUAUCCCCCACCAUGACCCCAGGCUGUACCGCGCUGCAGCCGCCAAAACCACAUCCAUUCCUGGGUUCAGCAUCCUGGCUUUCCCUGAUUUCUGGGGACACCUCCCACCGCUGGGACAAGAACCCAUGGCCCCACGCAAACCCAACAUACAGAGGCAGAAAGUGUUUGAAGAUGUCCGGCGUUUCGUGAAUGCCGAUGACAUCAUCAACCAGGUAGUGUUUGACCUGGAAGACAGCAGUCUCCAGUGUCCGUCUGAUUCCUUGAGGUUUUUCUCAAAGUUCGAGUGUGGGAACUUAAGGAAGGCUGUUCAGGUCCGACGAUAUGAAUAUGACCUGAUAUUGAAUGCAGAUGCGAACUGUAACCAGCAUGCCCAGUGGUUCUACUUUGAAGUCAGUAACAUGGUGGCAGACGUCCCCUACCGUUUUAAUGUCAUCAACUGUGAGAAGAGCAACAGCCAGUUCAACUAUGGAAUGCAGCCGGUGCUGUACUCAGUAAGGGAAGCUCUGGAAGGUAGACCUCACUGGCUCAGGACCGGGACUGAAAUAUGUUACUUCAGAAACCACUUUUGUCCAGCUCGGGGCAGAAAGAGAACGACAUUUUAUACUCUAACCUUCACCAUCACCUUCAAACACAAUGAGGACGUCUGCUACAUGGCCUACCAUUAUCCCCACACAUACUCUGCUCUGAAGGCUCAUCUGAGGGUGCUGCAGAAAUCCGUGGACCCUGCCAAGGUGUUUUUCCAGCAGCAGAAUCUUUGUGGCACUUUGGCUGGAAACUGGUGUCCAGUAGUCACCAUCACAGCCUGUCCUGCCAGCAGGGGCUGGAGAGACAUGCACCAGCUCCGGAAUCGUCCCUGUAUUGUGCUAACAGGCCGCGUCCAUCCCGGUGAGUCCAAUGCCAGCUGGAUGAUGAAGGGCACCCUGGAGUUCCUGUGCAGCAGUGACCCGGUGGCCCAGAGUCUGAGGGAGGCCUUUGUCUUCAAGCUCAUCCCCAUGCUCAACCCAGAUGGAGUCAUCAAUGGCACGUCUCAGGCUAACACGUUUCUGGAGCAAGCUAACGACAACGUGGCUAGUUCGGAAGCUGAGAGCCCUGGAACGAACAUGGACUCGGAGGGAAUACUUAAGGCCAUCGAUGGUUUGAAGACUGCUUUAAAGGAUGAUAAUGCGAAGCUACAAGAAAAUAUUGACCAUCUGGGACAUGAGAUCAACGGUAAGCUGGACAAUAUUGCUACUGAGGUCCAGGGCCUGGCAGAGCGGGUUGACGAGGCGGAGGCCCGCGUUCAUCAAGUGGAGACCUGGGCAAAGGAGGCAACCGAGGCGCUGUGCUUCUGCAUCGAACAACAGCGGAAAACACAGCUUAAGGUGCUUGAUUUAGAGUCUCGCUCCAGAAGAAACAACGUCCGUGUAUUUGGGGUACCAGAGGGAAAGGAGGGGAACUCAACUAUACAGUAUAUCGAGACGUUUCUGAGAAGCCAGCUACAACUACCGGAGGACCUGGAUUUGAACAUACAGCGCGCACAUCGCACUCUGGCAACUAAACCCCCACCCGACUCACCACCGAGAGCGAUUAUUGUCAAUUUUCUGGAAUUUUCCACAAAGGAAAAGAUCUUAAGAGAAGUGUGGAAAAAAGGCAAGAUCCAGGUGGGCCCUUCUAUUAUUCACUUUGAUCACGAUUAUGCACCUGAGAUAGUGAAGAAGCGCAGAGAAUAUAACGUUAUCAAGAAAGCGCUCAAAGUGAAAGGCAUCCGCUUUCAAACACCGUUUACCAACAUGAGGAUCCACUGGGAAUCAGGAACCCGCACAUAUUCCAGCGCUCGGGAAGCCUAUAACGAGCUGAAGAGACACGGAAUUCAGUCGGAGGAACCGGUGACAGCCGACGGUGGCUCCAGAGCGGAGUGGAGUCUCCGGGAGCUGCUGGGCUGGCAACCGGCGGAUAACAGCGGCGCGCGGUUGGUGGACCCAGAACAAACGGGGGAACCUGUGAUCUCAAGGGGGGUUGAAGCCCGUGGGGAAAAAAGACCCGUCCUCAGUCCCACCAUCUACCAUGCCAAGGGCUUCCUCUACUACCUCAACAGUAUCGGUCGGACCCCACUGGUGUUCUGCGACUACCACGGCCACUCGAGGAAGAAGAACGUCUUCCUGUACGGCUGCAGUGUGAAGGAGACGCUGUGGCAGUCUGGCUCUGUUGUAAACACUGCGGGGCUGAAGGAGGACCCUGGAUACAGGACCAUUCCAAAGACGUUGGAUCGUCUCGCUCCCGCCUUUUCUUUCAAUAGCUGCAACUAUUUGGUGGAGAAGUCUCGCUCUGCCACAGCCAGGGUGGUGGUGUGGAGGGAAAUGGGCGUGCUGAGAAGUUAUACCAUGGAGAGUACUCACAAUGGCUGCGACCAGGGAAUAUACAAGGGCCUGCAGAUAGGAACCAGAGAGCUGGAGGAGAUGGGUGUAAAGUUCUGCCACAGUCUGCUGUCUCUAACCAAAGACAUGAAGGCUCUCUACAGCAGAAGAAUCAGCCACAUCAACGUGUUGGACCACAAGUCCCACAACUGUUUUGAAGACGAUGAGCCUCCAUGUGUCGAGGAGAUUGAGUAUUCCACAGACUGCCCCGCACUCAAAGCCACUGAUCUGGAUUCAGAUGUCAACAGCAAUAUGGCCGGUAGUGACGAAGAGGACGAGGGGGAUGAAGGACACAGGAGAGCAAGACGUGGACGUGGCAGCGUGGGCCAGUCGCAGCAGUCGAGCAUGAAGAGCCGUCUCUUCCCUCACCUGAUGAGACAGGCCUCCAACGAGGCCCUCAGCUAGAAGAGAAACACUGUGAGCGUCACUGGACAAAUUAUAAGUUAAAGGAAUAUUUCAACAUUUCUCUACAGUUAUUCUCUAAAACGUCUUCUAUCAUUGUAAGCUUUUCUCCUAAACUCCUUAGCAAAUACAAGCUGUUCAAGAUGAAAUACACAUGUUGGGAGUGGAUGAACAGCAUUCUCUCCUUAACCCCUAGAAGGGUUUCUGUAGGAGGGUUUUACUCUGCAGCGGUAAGGAGGGCGCAUUAAUUAAAAUGAAUAAUCCCGGCCAAACACUAUUCCUUGGUAAAUGAUCCUGUAAGGGCAUUUCUACUUUAUGAUAGCUGGAUUUGUGCAUGACGUAUGUAGAUCAGAGUGUAGGGUGGUGCUGUGAUCUUUGGUUUGUGUAACAGUUAAAUGUAUGCGUUAUGAUCUAGAUUUGAUAAGGUAUUUGUAAUUUCCAUUGGUACUUAUGGAAGAUGUGAGGCUCUUAGAGUAAAUGGUUUUGUUUUGUGGAUCAGAUGUGAAGUUUGUUUUCAGUAAAACUUUGAACACGUUU